AUGCGGCUCUCGACCAUCCUCGCGCCGGCGCUCGCCGCUUCUUUCGCGAUCGCAGAGACUCUCCCCACCACCUACACCAUCACGCGCACCGUCGAGCGCGUCGUGCAGACGACAUGGGCGACUUCCACUCCGCCGGCCUCAUCUUCGACGUCGGAGACAUGGGCCGCUCCGGUGUCUUCGUCUUCUUUCUCAUCGCACGCUAGCGCCGUCAGCAGCUAUGCGUACGGCAACAGCACCACUGCCGCAACUGGCGCCACUGGAACAGGCGCGACUGAAACAGGCGUAUGGUCGAGCGCAAGCAUCAGCCCAACCGGUACAUCGCCAGUACCCGUAGCGACGGGCGCAGCAGCCAGAUUCGCAGUCGACAGCGUCGGCUUUGCUGCUGUGCUCGGGCUCGUGGGGCUGGUGGCGUUCUGA